CCAUCACUGUUGAUGUCUACGACCACAAUAUUACUAGUAGACAGCUGAGCCCUCCAGCGUCUAGAGGGAGAUACUCAUCGUCAAGCCAAAAGAGAGCUGCUUACGCGUACUUUAGAAAGCACGACAAUGGAGCAGAUCGCAGAAUCGCUAGGCCGCUGACCGUUCAACAACAUCCGUUUUGCGGUUUUCCCAAGUCCUCAAUGCAUUUGAUUCUUUUACCACGGUUGGCAGUUGUGUAUAAUGGAUAACUUCCGUUUUGUUUUUCCGACUCGUUGUCUUAUAACGCUUUCUGAUUGAAGCGAUCUCCGUGAAAAUCUAUUAUCCCGAAAUAACUUUACAGAUUUCACUUUUUCGGCUUAAAAAAUUAUUCACCCUUAACUUAACACCCUAAUAAACAUACUCUAGUUGCCAAGUUGGUCGUCCAUUACAAAAAAGUUUCAACGUUUGCGUGAGCACGCCGGUAUUUACUGGAUUGGCUUCAUUUCAACAAGACAUUUUCCCUUUUUUUUCAUUUUAAAAAUAUUUGUGACGCCACUAUUGUAAGCGUGACAAAGCACGUAACCUGUGGGUAAAAAUGGAAGACAGAUAAGAUGCAAAAUCACGUCCGACUAGUUACCGCGGAAAAGUGACGACGCGGAUCGUGCGUUCGCGAAGGAAGAAAUUUCAAUUAGUAAUUAAGACACGCGUGGGCUUUGCAGUAUUUUCUUUUCUCAGCAGAAUUUUAAAAAGAAAAUUAAUAUAUUUUUCCAUGAUCUAUAAAUAAUUCAGCACUAGAGUGCACAUGUCCAAGAAUAAUUUCAUUUUUUGAUUUUUUUAAUCUUUUAAAAUGUCACGACUUGACAUUUCCCUUUCACAGAUGGCGUUUUAACAAUAAUGCUAGUCCUUUAACAGAUGGAGCGCGCAGUCUGGCAGUGCAGACGAAAAAUAAAGUAGUCCCUAGCCGCAAGCCCGCAAACGUUUGUGUUAUUAUACAUGUACCAAAAUAAAAACAAAUUCGUCAAGUUCUGUUAUGGCAUGGAAUUUCAAAAAUGAGGAAGAGGUGAAACAAUUCUCUGAUAAGUUGGGAAACGACUAUAGGUUUGGAUGUUUCAACGAAAAGAAACCUGAAGUAUGCCAUCUUCUAGGAGAUUUCAUGGAAGGCUUCAAAAGGGAUUUGAAAAAAGCCGCUAUUAUAUAUCGAUCCACUUGUGAUGACUACAGUUUCAGCCACAGCUGUCAUAAAUAUGCUACCUAUUCAUUGACUGGUAAAGGUAGUCCACCCGACUACCUGAAAGCAUUUGAAUACUUUAAGAAAGGCUGUCAUUUGGAAGAUUCAGGCUCCUGCUUUUUUGCUGGCCUUAUGUGUAUGUAUGACAAUGAAAACACUAAAAUUAAACAAGAUUAUCUUCAAGGAAUGGGAUUUCUGAAUCAGUCCUGUGACAAAGGAAACCAUAACAGCUGUCACUAUAUCAGUGGGAUAUAUUUUUUCGGGGUUCCUGAUGUUUUGAAGAAAAAUAUGGCCACAGCAUAUGACUACAGCAACAAGGCUUGUGAACUUGGAAAUAUAUAUGCUUGUGCAAAUAUAAGCAGAAUGUACAAAAAAGGUGAUGGAGUUGAGAAGAAUCCUGAAUUAGCAAAUGUAUAUAAGAAAAAAGUCAUUGUUAUGGGAAAGGAACUGAAAGAUCAAUUUAAACCCGUUGAACUGGAAAGGGAAGCCUGAGAGUCUGAGACGUCGAGACUCGAGAGUUUAGUUUGAAUUGUGUUUUUUAAUAUUUUGAAAAAGAAAUGUGAUUUUUGAAUAAAAAUUUAAUUAAAUA